AUGGAUCAAGAUGCAAUCAAUGAGGUUGCUAUUAUCUCAAAGGAAGUUUGCAAUCGUUUUAUAAAGUUCUUAACUAGCUUUGUUGUUCUAGCAACAAACGGGCAUAUCAGUAAUAAUAAUAAUGAUGAUAGUGACAACGAAGAUGAAGAGGAAAAUCUUCGAGCCUCCAACGAACCUUUAUAUAUAAAUAGGAUAUGCGAAAUGAUUGAAAAAGGAAAGAGACAUAUCAAUGUAGAUAUAACUCAUCUAGAGAGUUUCGAUGAUUAUCUUUCAAAAACUAUUAGAGAAGAAUAUAUCAGAUAUGAAAAAGAGAUAAAUAGUGCAUUGGUAAUGGUUUCAAGAAGAUACGAACAUUUAUAUAUUGAUAAAGAUUCGAAUGGUGGAGGAGGAGCUAAUGUUAAUGCAAAUGGAGCAAAACAAGAGCAGGAAAAUGCAGAUCCAGUCUAUCAAGUUUGUUUCUACAAUAUUCAGGAGAUUAUUAAGAUUAGAGACCUCAGAACAGCUAGAGUUGGAACACUGUGUGCCAUCACUGGAACGGUAACAAGAACCACUGAAGUCAGACCGGAGCUUCUGAUAGGUUCAUUCAUUUGUAUGGAUUGUCGAAAUCAAUCGGUGAAAAUCCCACAGGAAUUCAAAUAUACGGAACCGACCAACUGUCUGACUCCGGGCUGUUCAAACACGCGUCGUUGGAACAUCUGUAUGGAUACAUCGAUAUUUGUCGAUUGGCAAAAAGUUAGAAUUCAAGAGAACAGCAAUGAUAUUCCUUCGGGAUCGAUGCCGCGUUCGCUCGACAUUGUGUUGCGUGGCGACGCUGUGGAGUCGGCGCGUGCCGGUGACAAAGUCGUUUUCUAUGGAACACCGAUGGUGAUACCGGACGUCUCGAGAAUGAACAUCGGACAAAACUCGACACUGAUUAAAGGUAUUCCGAAUACAACGAACGACUCUGCUUCGAAAUCCGAGGAUUUCGGUGGUGUUUCCGGUAUCAAGGAUCUGGGUGUACGUGAAAUGUCCUACAAAGUCUGUUUUCUUGCGAAUUGCGUGCGUUCUAUCGAUGCCAAUCCGCAUGCCAUCAACGUAAAGGACGACAACACAGAGAACGACUUUGAGGAGACACCGGAAACAUUCUUGGCAAGCUUGCCGAAAGCCGAGAGAAAGGCACUGGAAUCGAUGUUGAAAAAGAAAAAUAUGUACAAAAAACUGGUGGAUUCGAUUGCUCCCUCGAUUUUCGGACACGCCGAAAUCAAGCGUGGUGUUCUCCUAAUGCUUUUCGGUGGUGUUCACAAGCAGACACCCGAGAAAAUCAGACUGCGAGGUGAUAUCAAUGUUUGUAUCGUUGGUGACCCAUCCACUUCGAAAUCACAGUUUCUCAAGUAUUUGAUUUCUUUCUUGCCGCGCACUGUCUACACCUCUGGAAAAGCAUCUUCUGCAGCCGGUCUCACAGCGACCGUCGUCAGAGAUCCCGACAGUGGCGAUUUCAACAUUGAAGCGGGUGCACUUAUGUUGGCGGACAACGGAAUCUGUUGCAUCGACGAGUUUGACAAGAUGGAUCCUGCCGAUCAGGUUGCCAUUCACGAAGCGAUGGAACAACAAACCAUCUCCAUUGCCAAAGCGGGCAUUCACGCCACUCUUAAUGCUCGUGCCAGUAUCCUUGCCGCUGCCAAUCCAAUCGGAGGACGUUACGACAAGACGAAAUCACUCAAACAUAAUCUCAGCAUUGGUGCAGCACUCAUUUCCAGAUUCGAUCUAUUCUUUAUCGUAACCGACCAGGCCAAUCCCGAACAAGAUAAACAAAUCGCUCAACAUAUAGUUGCAGUUCACCAAAGAAAACAAGGACUGACGCAAGAAUUCUCAUUAACAGAAAUCAAGAAUUAUAUUGGAUAUGCAAAGCUAAUUAAACCAGUUAUUACAACUGAAUCAGCAGAUUUAUUGGAAUAUUAUUAUUCGAAAUUAAGACAGGACGUAUCACUGAGUGGAACUGGAAAUGUAGCUUAUAGAAUUACCGUUAGACAAUUGGAGUCGUUGGUUAGAUUGUCAGAGUCCUAUGCAAAGUUGUGUUUGUCCGAUCAGGUUCUACCUAAGCAUGUUCAUGAAGCCGCUAGACUCUUGAUGAAGUCGGUGGUUCACGUUCGUACCGAUGACAUCAAGUUGGCAAUCGAUGAGGACGAGAACAACCAAGAUUGGUCGAUCGACAACGAUGCUUUUCACGCCACUUGCAACCUUAUUGUUUUGUAUCUACGAAAGUUCCAAGAGGGAAAACUUCAGAAAGAUAUUUUGGAUUGGUACAUGUCCAACAGCGAUACGGAAGAUCAGAGCAGAGAGCUGCUCAUCGUUCGUGCGGUACUCAAGCAAAUGAUAGUGGAAAAGAAACUACUCAUUGUUAAAGAAUCAAAAACUGAAGAUGAAAGAUUAUUAAUUGUUCAUCCGAAUCAUUUAGAAUAA